UAUCCACACUGCUAACCUUAUGCCUAACCCUAACCUUAAAUUAAGACCAAAAAGCAACAACAAAAUCAUGCAUUUUUACGAUAGCCAGACUUUUGGGCUGUGGUAACUAGUGGAAACCCUGAUUCAGAGGAGUAGAACGAAGCAGAUAACCGGGAGAAUGGAGACUGGUGCAACGACAAACGACACAUAGCCUAUGUCUUUACCACAACCUCGCUCAAGAAAUGAUGCACCUCUCAAAUUCCUCGCGCACCGAGGCCUUACACCGAAGUCAGAAGAUAAGGUAAAUGGCUGAAUCGAGUUGGGAGCUACUGUGCCUCUGUCUGGCCGACCAAUGCAGUGUGUAGGGACGGUCGUCCAGCCCGACGAAAACAUGAACGGAGCGGGGGAGCAGGUGGACAUCCUGUCUCCCAACUGCAUGGUAAAGGACCGAUGGAAAGUGCUGAAGAAGAUUGGUGGGGGAGGUUUUGGUGAGAUCUAUGAAGCAUUGGACCUGCUGACCAGGGAGAAUGUGGCUCUGAAGGUAGAGUCAGCCCAGCAGCCUAAACAGGUUCUCAAGAUGGAGGUAGCCGUCCUCAAGAAACUGCAAGGAAAAAAUCAUGUAUGUAAAUUCAUCGGAUGUGGAAGGAACGAGAAGUUUAACUAUGUGGUCAUGCAACUUCAGCAGGGGAGAAACCUAGCAGACCUGAGGAGGAGUCAGCCUCGCGGCACCUUCACCAUGAGCACCACGCUACGCCUGGGCAAACAGAUUCUGGAGUCCAUAGAGGCCAUCCACUCUGUGGGCUUCCUGCACAGAGACAUCAAGCCUUCUAACUUUGCUAUGGGUCGACUCCCCUCCACCUAUAGAAAGUGCUUCAUGUUAGACUUUGGCCUGGCUCGCCAGUACACCAACACUACCGGAGAGGUUAGACCGCCCAGAACUGUGGCGGGAUUUCGGGGAACUGUUCGUUAUGCGUCAGUAAAUGCUCAUAAAAACAAAGAAAUGGGUCGCCAUGACGAUCUAUGGUCGCUAUUUUACAUGUUGGUAGAGUUUGCAGUUGGUCAGUUACCAUGGAGAAAAAUUAAAGAUAAGGAGCAAGUGGGUCAGAUUAAAGAGCGCUACGACCACAGAAUGCUGCUCAAACACAUGCCUUCUGAGUUUUACAUCUUCCUGGAUCAUGUUUUAGGCCUUGACUACUUCACCAAACCAGAUUACCAGUUGCUGAUGUCGGUCUUUGAGAACAGUAUGAAGGAACAUAUCAUCACAGAGAACGAGCCUUUUGAUUGGGAGAAGGGAGGGACGGAUGGAGUGCCUCUGUCCACCAGCACGUCAACUCCCCCUCAACAGAACACACGACAGACUCCCGCCGUGAUCGGGGUGGUGAACGUGACUCUGGUUCCUGGGGAGCUGCCGAGGGAGAACACAGAUGACGUUCUACAAGACGAGCACCUGAGUGACCAGGAGAACGCUCCACCUGCAGUACCCAGCAGGCCUUGCGAGGGGACACCUCCCCAGAUGGAAGCCGAGGCGUGGAACGACACCGACUUAAACCGCAACCAACUCAGGAUCAGCAUCAGCAAGGGGAAGUUGGCUGCGGAGGAAGAGGAGCCUGCUAGAGGGACGUGUCCUGAUGCCCUCGUGGGUGGAGCUCCCCCAGAAAUGACUAGUGCUCAGGUCUGCGCUCUGCGGUACCGGAGGAUCAACAGCCCAGAGUCAGACCGUCUGUCCGCCGCAGACGGGAGACCAGACAUCUACGACAAACGAGGGUCUCGUAUGGACAUCCUGGGAUCCCCGUCCCGCCACGUGCAGUCCUCCCAGCCGGCCCAGAUGCACUCCCUGGAGGGAGGAGGUGGGGACAGGCAGGGUGGCAGUGGUAGACCAGGUCAAGAGGUCUCCGUAGCCUCUGUGGCCGACCCCGAGGCCCACAGUAACGCGUUCAUCCGGUCUGUACCACUCGCCGAGGAGGAAGACUUUGACAGCAAGGAGUGGGUGAUCAUCGACAAGGAGACUGAGCUCCAGGACUUCCUGGGUCUCCUGGGCCCAGGGGCUGAGCUUACCACCUCGGGGCCCACCACCGACGAGGAGCCUGAGGAGCUGAGGCCCCUAGACGAAAUGGAGGAGUGGAGGAGGUUACGGGGUGCUGGAGGUGGAGAGGUGGUGGUGAGGCCAAAGAUGCGAGCAGGAGGCAUUGGGGCGCAGCCAGAAGGGGAGGGGUCUAAUGGGGCCAGUCCUGGGUACCCAGGUUAUCACACUCUGCCUCAUAGCCGUGGACACAGACCACGGCCACAGUCGGAGUACUUUGGAGCUCACGGACAGGCCCUGGAGCAGAUCAGCCCAUACCAGGGUGGCAGUGGGGAGGACCUCAACUUCCAGAGGCCUAAACUACCCACGCUGGCCCAGCAUCGCUUUCGACGGGUGGACUUCCUCUCUGCUAUGCUCACCGGCGCCGCCACCCUUCCACCACUCCAAACCUCCUUUGAGGUUGAUUCCAGAACAUGUGUUGAGCAGGAUCAGGAUGGGAAUGUGGAUGCUGCUGAGGUCGGGGCUGGGGCUGGGGCAGUGUCCAGCGGUGAUGGGAGCCCCAAGAGCAGCGAGCACAGCCAAGAGGGUGAUGAUGGAGCUCCCUCUACUCUCCUUGCAGACGAGCCUCCUCAGGAAUACCCUCGCCGGGCCUCUUCAGGAAUGGGGUUUGGUGGUGAUCCGGACCUGGAGCUGGAGGAAGGCUCCAAGACCCUGGUGCUCUUUUCCCCUGGAGACGUGAGGAGGUCCCUUGCCGUGGUGGGUGAUCUGCCCCCGGACGAUGCCGGGAGUCACCAGGGGACGCUGGCAGCCAUCACACCCCAGUGCGAGAGAGCUCUGGGACCUCUGGGAAGCCUGCUGGACGUGUCUGAGCCAGGUACUUUGUUCUCGCAGUUGAAGUCCGAGCCCAAACCGCCUUCGACGGCCAUCUCCGCCAUCCUGGUCAAUGUGGCGCCCAAUGUUGUUACUCCCACCAGCACCUCCCCUCCUUUCACCAAAGUAGAGCGGACAUUCGUACACAUUGCCGAGACUACCCACCAUAAUGUGAUGAGCUCCUCAGGGACUCUGCAGCUCAGGCUGCUGCUCCCUGGGCUGGUUGAGGAGCCCACAGACGAACAGGAGAACCACUCGGAGGAAGAGAAAGAGCAGGAUGUCUUAGAUGGAGAGAAAGAGAGGAGCAGGGAGAGCAGAUCCGAUGUGGACCGUUCAGACUUUGAGAAGGAGAGGGAAAGUGGAUCUGAGGGCGAGGUUCCAAACAGAGACAGUGAAGAGGGGAGGGAGAGUGGAUCUGAGGGCAAGGUUCCAAACAGAGACAGUGAAGAGGGGAGGGAGAGUGGAUCUGAGGGCAAUGUUCCAAACGGAGACAGUGAAGAGGGGAGGGAGAGUGGAUCUGAGGGCAAGGUUCCAAACAGAGACAGUGAAGAGGGGAGGGAGAGUGGAUCUGAGGGCAAGGUUCCAAACAGAGACAGUGAAGAGGGGAGGGAGAGUGGAUCUGAGGGCAAGGAUCCAAACAGAGACAGUGAAGAGGGGAGGGAGAGUGGAUCUGAGGGCAAGGUUCCAAACAGAGACAGUGAAGAGGGGAGGGAGAGUGGAUCUGAGGGCAAGGUUCCAAACAGAGACAGUGAAGAGGGGAGGGAGAGUGGAUCUGAAGGGGAGUUCCAAAAGACAUACGACGUACAGAGGAGGGAGAGUGGAUCAGAAAGCAAUGUCUUUGAGAAAGACGAGGAAGGGGACGAAGUGAGCAGGUUUGAGGAGGAGGAAGAGGAGAAGAGAGAGAGUAGGUCAAAGGAGGAAGAUCCCGAGAGAGAAAUCCCAGGUUCCCCAGAGAGAGACAACAGGACUAAGGAGGAGGAAAAGGAUGUUGCAAAGAAAGAGGUUGAGGAGUUAAUCCCCCCAGAAAAAGAGAUGGAAGAAGAGCCAGAACUUGGGGACGAAGCCCAGCCAGCGAUCCAGUCAAACCUCUCCUCUCCCAUUCUUCGUGGCCAAGAAGAAUCUGAAGCCCAGGAUAUCCUGGCCAUUUCAAUAGAAACCAAGUUAGAGUCUGAAACAGAGGACACCCCUAUUGUCGUUUCGCCUGAGAUGGAGCCUGCCCAAGACGUGAUGUUAGCAGAGAAGGAGAGCCAGAUCCAUCUCGAACAAAACAAUGAGGUUUCUCCACAGGAGGAACCCAAGGACCCUGGUGAUCCAGAAAAAUUGGCAGAGGCCAGCAAACAGACCAGGCCUCAGAAAAUUAGCCGAAUCCCGGUUCUCUCUCGGUCUGAGGAGGACACCAGCUCGGACCAGGACCAGUCGGCGGCGUCCCAGUCAUUCAAGUCUCGUCAGAGGGCCAAGCGACCUCACCUAGCCCGGCUGGUCAUGGAAAGGAGGCAAGGUCGCAUGCUAAGACUGGCUUCUGUUUCCUCUGCGUCCUCUGCGGAUGAUGGCUGUAAAGUUCCAGCAGAGAUCCAGUCAGAGGAAGACACCCAUGAUGAGGACAACUAUCUGCCCAGGAAGGAGAGGGGAAUUUGGGGGGAGAGGAGUGAGGGGCGUCAAAGGAGCAGAAUACCCCGUCCUGUCACGGCUGUUAAGCUACAGGGAUCCUCUGUUACACCAUUUCAUGCUGUCUCCCAAACUGGCCCCAGUGCUAAUCUCCACAAACCCCAACUUUCAACUAUAUAUGCUAGGCAUCAAUCUCACAAAACUAGGACCCCAAGAAUAAAUGUUCCACUGCACCAGAGGUCCCAGACUCUGCAGUCCCGACCCGGACCCGGGACCAACUCCUCCUUAUUCUCCACCCCCCAGACCCCCCUGCGUGGGGUCAUCUCCCGAACCCCUCUCUCUGCAUGCCCCUCCCCCCGUAGCCUCAGCACCUCCCCCUGUUGCUACUCCACUUCCCGGACCGACAGCCCCUCCCCUCAGCGCCCACGCCGGGGGGCUGCAGUUACAGAAGUCCGGAGGCAGCUCAUAUCCGUGCGGGCGCAGACUGCACUUCCUCUAAAACCCAGACCGCCUCAAACCGAUGAUUCCUCAGCCCCUGGGACGCCCAGGAGGCGAGGCAAACUUUACCCGUUGUCAUCUACAUCCAUACCCACCAAGGGGAAGUCAGAUGCUUCUGAGAGCAAGACAACCACCAGAUAAUAUAGCCUAGCUUAGUGUAUCAGGGCUAUCUAUCCACCAGACCACCCACAAUGCACUUCACACACCCCUUUAUCUACUGUAUGUCAGAGUAACUCCACGACCUCAAACGUGUUUGUGCAAAAACACUAUGUUUCAACUCUCAGCUUAAGAUAACAAAGAGGGGUCUGCUUCUAAUCACAGUUAAGGCCAAGAACAAAACCAGUAAUAGAGAGCACCAGGCAGCGGUGAGACCCCCAAUGCCACAGACUAGGGAAGUUGGUGUGACCCCCAAUGCCACAGACUAGGGAAGUUGGUGUGACCGCCAAUGCCACAGACUAGGGAAGUGGGUGUGACCCCCAACGCCACAGACUAGGGAAGUGGGUGAGACACCCAAUGCCACAGACUAGGGAAGUGGGUGAGACACCCAAUGCCACAGACUAGGGAAGUUGGUGUGACCCCCAAUGCCACAGACUAGGGAAGUUGGUGUGACCCCCAAUGCCACAGACUAGGGAAGUGGGUGUGACCCCCAAUGCCACAGACUAGGGAAGUGGGUGAGACACCCAAUGCCACAGACUAGGGAAGUGGGUGUGACCCCCAAUGCCACAGAAUAGGGAAGUGGGUGUGACCCCCAAUGCCACAGACUAGGGAAGUUGGUGUGACCCCCAAUGCCACAGACUAGGGAAGUGGGUGUGACCCCCAAUGCCACAGACUAGGGAAGUGGGUGUGACCCCCAAUGCCACAGACUAGGGAAGUAGGUGUGACCCCCAAUGCCACAGACUAGGGAAGUGGGUGUGACCCCCCAAUGCCACAGACUAGGGAAGUGGGUGUGACCCCCAAUGCCACAGACUAGGGAAGUGGGUGUGACCCCCAAUGCCACAGACUAGGGAAGUGGGUGUUUGUUACCUCCUCCUGCAGCUGAGGCCUCCCUGCACCUGUCUGGGAACUUGUUCCUUAGCAGGGUUCGAAUUACACAUUGACUCUUGGGGCUCUGCACGAUGAUGGUGCCCAAUGUCCAUAUCGAUUGUGGGGUGCCUGAUUUGUUAUGUGGUUCCACUAGCCUCCCCUAGCCCCCCUGUGAUUCUGACUCAGUACAGCAGCCCUCGUAUGCCUUAAUAAGACCUGUUCUAAGACCAGUUCUUGUCUACUCCUCCCAUCACUAACGCUUCCAGGGAAGAAAAAAAACUGCAACAGCAGAGCAGCAGCCUCCUCUGUUCUCACUUACUAGUUUGCUUAAAGAAGUGCUUUAAAUUAAAAUGAUUACGUGGGAUAUGAAAAUAAUAUAUAGCUAAAUUAUAGGAUGAACGUUAUUUAGGUCAGACCACGGAUAGUAGUUUAGGUAACACUUGACGUUCCUUCUUAUGAAGAGUUCUGAACUGUUAUAUUGCGUUAUAAGCGUUCAUAGCACCUUAUAGAAGUCAUGGAGCAUUAUGAAACUACAAUAAAGCAAUAAGGUACCAGAGACUGUUAUAUAAUAUGAAUAUCUCUCUCAUGCCUUAUUACUUGAUUGUCAAGUUUCACAAUGCUCAAUGACUGCAUCUAUGAGAUUCUAUUAAGGUUUUAAAAGCAUUAUAACACUUUCCAAGGUGCUUUGAGUAAAGUUACCGUCAUGUAGAUAAUAAUCAGGGACUGGUAAAUCUGCAUUUUGGAAUGAAAACCUGUGCCACGAUAUAGUAGUAUACAGUCUCAUAAAGCCCUAUGAAGGUGUUCAUAAGACAAUAUCACACUUCACCAGGAGCUGCUUCAAGUGCUGCUAAAUGUUUCAUGCAGUAGGCCAAUAUCUCUGUUUAAACUAAGGGUGACGCUUUAAAUUAAGGUACCUUUAUUGUAAAGUGUUACCAAAAUAAGUGUCAUUAUUCCUCUGUCUUUUUCAUUGAGAUAGAAAAGGAUUUUGAGGUAAUCGAAAUGAAUGCAUAAAGUCGAUGUACUUGUGGCUUUGUAAUGGUCAGCAUGUGUUCUUGUCUACGUUCUUGAAACGGUUCACCCAGAUAUGAUCAUGAGUGGCUUUUAUUUUGGAGGAGUUAAUUAGAUGUACCUACAGAGUCCCAAAUGGCUCUUUAUUCCCAAUUUAGUGCACUACUUUUGACCAGAGCCCAUAGGGAGUAGGUUGCCAUUUGAGGCUCAUAUUAAAUCAGAAGCACAUUUAAAGAUAGAUACUGUGGAAUGUGUCCAAAUUAACAUGAUUUCUGUUAUUGUUGUAUUAGGGACUGUACUUUAUUUAUAAUGAGGGAUACCUGGAGGAAAUCAGACCUCUCUGAAAAGAAAAUGGAUGGCCCUCCCUUCAGUAAAAAAUAUUGCACACUUGAAAAAACACUAGUGACCUUCCCCUAUACCCAAAAUAAUAAUUCAAACAAAGUGGAUAGCAGACAACAUGCCUAAUGUUUACCCUCACUCGUAGGACAGAUAGCCUUAGAUAUGCAGUUUUAGAAACUGUAAGCAUUACAUGAAACCGUUUCGUAAGCAUUACAUGGCUAAGUAGCAAGGGCGGUGGGCCAGAAGGUUGUGGAUUCGCAGACCACUGUGGACAAGAGUAGUGGUGAAAAGCUCUGCUUUAUAAUAAAAGCACUGCAUGAAUCUAUCAUCUUAUUUGCAGUUCUGAGAAAAAAAUAGCCUUUUAUCAACUCAGAAGCAGAAUUUCGUCUAAUACCUCAACAGUGCAUGACAACGAAUGAGCGCAUGCUGCAGCACAGGAGACGUUUUGAUUUCUAUACGCUAUUGUUAAAAAAAGAGGAUCGUCUUCAGUUUGGAACAGUUUGGAACAGUGCUAAAGUUGUCUAUCAACUGUAAACAUGUAGAACAACCGAACCAGUUAUGACUGAGUAUCUGAUCAUCAAUGAAUUAGAGAAAAAUGCAUUUGUUUUUUAACACAGCAGCCGCAGAUCUUCAGGUAGGCCUAUAUGCACUUGCAACUUUAUUCAAUUGUGAAACUAUCAUUUUCUAAUUCAUUCUAUUGUAUUCUGUUACAUUCCUGUUACAAAAUAGACAUGCAUAGCUCACCGCAUGAUCCUCAAACCAAAGACGGGCCAAACUCAUGUUUCUAAAAGUCAAUUCAAAGGCACUGUAGAAUGACAGUGUAGCCCAAUUAGGAAUUUUUCGUUUCAUUGAUAUUUCAUUCUAAGUAAUUAUUUUAAACAGCCUUAAUGAAAAAUGUAUAGGCAUGUUGUUAAAGUGCUGUUGUUGAUGUGCUGUUGAAAUGCUGUCCACUCCUGCCUGCCUGUAGCUUGUCACAAAUCCUUCACAAUGUAUUUCUUAAAUAGCAGACUAGACCCUUAUACAGAAACCCAGGCUAAAACCCCAAACAGCAAGCAAUGCAGAUGUAAAAGCACGGUAGCU